AUGCCGUCACCCGCCGCCGCCCCAUCCCGCUCCGUCUCACCUGCGCCCCUAAAACACCACCAACCUGAGCGCCGCAACAGGAAACGCCCGGCAUAUCACCCGCCUAGCCCCAGCCGGACCCCGCCGUCUCCGUCAGCAGCUGAAGCUGACGACUCGGACCGCGACUCGCUCUCCGAAACCGCUGUCGCUGAGCGCACGGCCAAAGCCUGCCUGGCCGCUCUGCUGCGCGGCUACUGCACCUACGCCAGCGCCCAUGACUGGAAUACCUGGAGCGAGAUCUUCGCCGAAGAUGCCGUCCUGAGCUUCGAGUAUUUCGGCAAGCUGAGCGGCCGCAAGGAGAUCUAUUGCGGCGCCAUGGGCAUGACUGGAUCCUGGUACACCAGUACCUUCUUCUCCGACGUCCAUUUGGAACUCGAUCCCCACCGACCCGAUGAACGCGCGACGGGCACGGCCAAUUUGUGGUAUCGAAGGCCAGACGAACCCCCUAAGGAGUCGAUGCUGAGCGCCAUGACCAUGGAAGUCGACACCAUCAAAGAAGACACAGACACCACCGUCAAUUGUGACUAUUGUGGACCUUAUGAAUUUGAGUUUGUGCGGACCGAUGGAGAAUGGAAGAUCAAAACCAUGUCAUUGAAGGUGCUGAGAGAUCACAGGGAAGGGGUGGAUAAGCUCUGCACCAGGUGUGACUGCAUCCCCUUAUCUACAUGCGGGACGCCGUGUCGUUGA